CAAUCUCCACUCUCCAUUCUCCAAUCUUCAAUCUUUUCCAAAACCCAGAAAACCCAUUUCCUCUCUCUCUCUCUUUCUCUCUAACCCAAAAAGUCAAAAACCCAAGAAGCCAUCAUGAACCCAAGAAAGCUUCUUGCUUUCUUCUUCUUCUUCUUCCUCCGCCGCUUCUCCUCCGCCGCCGCCGAGAACCUCAGCUUCGACUUCCCCUCCUUCAACUUCCGCAACCUCACCUUCCUCGGCUCCUCCCACAUCCGCAACGGCGUCGUCGGCCUCACCCGCGACCUCCCCGUCCCCACCUCCUCCGCCGGCUCCGUCCUCUACAACUCCCCCGUCCGCUUCUUCGACCCCGACUCCAACACCACCGCCUCCUUCUCCACCCGCUUCACCUUCUCCUUCUCCAACCUCAACCCCUCCUCCUCCUCCUCCGGCGACGGCAUGUCGUUUUUCCUCUCCCCCAACAACCAGACCCUCGGCAGCUCCGGCGCCUACCUGGGCCUCCUCAACUCCUCCCUCCCCACCCACAACCACUUCAUCGCCGUCGAAUUCGACACCCGGCAAGAUACCCACUUUUCCGACCCGAACGACAACCACGUCGGUCUUGACAUCGACACCUUGACCUCCAUCAAGACCGCCGACCCCAUUGACCAAGAUGUUGACUUGAAGAGCGGGACGGCGAUCACGGCCUGGAUUGACUACAAGAACGACCAAGAAACCCUUAAGGUGUACCUGAGUUACUCCGGGUUCAAACCCGAGACCCCUGUUUUGAACGUGGGGAUUGAUCUUUCCGGGUAUCUGAAGGAGGUUAUGUAUGUGGGUUUCUCUGCUUCCACUGAGGGAAGCACUGAGCUUCAUGAGAUUGAGAAUUGGAGCUUCAGGACAUCUGGGUUUGUGCCGAAAAGGCCCACAUUGCAUCCUCACAAUGUGUCUGAUACUUAUGUGAUUGUCAGUCCAAGGCUGCCGGCGCCGGAGAAGGGACACAAGAGGCGGCUGGGGCUGGGGCUUGGGAUUGCCGGGCCGGCCUUCUUUUGUGUUGCGCUGGUGGUUUUCGGGUAUGUGAGUGUGAGGAAGUGGAGGGAGGUGAGGAGGGUGAAGAGUUUUAAAGCAGAGGUGGUGGCAGGGCCGAGGCAGUUUAGCUAUAGAGAGCUGAGGGCGGCUACAGGAGGGUUUCAUGGGAGUAGGAUUAUUGGGCAUGGUGCAUUUGGGACUGUGUACAAGGCGUUUUUCGUGGCGUCGGGGACUAUUGCGGCGGUGAAGAGGUCCAGGCAUUCUCAUGAAGGGAAGACUGAGUUUCUUGCUGAGUUGUCUAUUAUAGCUUGCUUGAGGCACAAGAAUUUAGUGCAUUUGCAAGGGUGGUGUGUUGAGAAAGGUGAGUUGCUGCUUGUGUAUGAUUUCAUGCCUAAUGGUAGUCUUGAGAGAGUGCUUUACCAAGAAAGUGAGGAAGGGAACUUGUUGGAUUGGCCUCAUAGGCAAAAUGUUGCGAUUGGUUUGGCGUCUGUUUUGACGUAUAUGCAUCAAGAAUGUGAGCAGCAAGUGAUUCAUAGGGAUAUUAAGACUGGUAAUGUGUUGCUGGAUGGGAAUUUCAAUGCAAAGCUUGGUGAUUUUGGAUUGGCAAAGCUCAUGGAUCAUGAUAAGAGCCCUGUUUCGACGCUGACAGCUGGAACAAUGGGGUACCUUGCGCCCGAGUAUCUUCAGUAUGGGAAAGCAACUGAGAAGACUGAUGCUUUCAGCUAUGGUGUGGUUAUACUUGAAUUGGCUUGUGGGAGGAGACCAAUUGAGAGAAUUCCGGAUUGUCACAAAAUGGUGAAUUUGGUUGAUUGGGUUUGGGGACUGCAUUCUGAAGGAAGGAUUAUUGAUGCAGCUGAUCAGAGGUUGGCUGGGGAGUUUGAUGUGGAAGAAAUGCGGAAGCUGUUGCUUGUCGGUUUGAGUUGUGCUAACCCAGAUAGCUCCAAGAGGCCUACAAUGAGGAGAGUUCUACAAAUCUUGAGUAAUGAGGCAGAACCUCCAGCUGUGCCGAGGGUUAAGCCAAGUCUCAGUUUCUCUUGUGGCGUGUCUUUGUCUGUCGAUGACAUUGUUUCAGAUUGUGAUGGCAGCCUCACCAGCUCAAUGUGCGAGAUUGUUGUCAACUGAAGCAGGUUUUAUGGUGUGUUUUUUUUUAGGCUAUAUGAGAUUGCAGAAUUUUAGGUAGUUCAAUUCUUUUAUUUGUUACGCUCCCUUUUACCUGCAAUUUGAAGAUUAGAGACUGUUAGAGUUCAAUGGCCCAAGUUCAAGCCUACUAUUGAACUUUGUGGUCUCUGCUUAGAUCCAGGAUAAAAGAAGCUUGCUUGAAUAUAUCAAUUGUAAUACUCAUUCAAGUAACAUGUUUCCAUAA